AUAAAUAUCUUUUCAAGAGUUUCAAAACAUUUGUUUACCGCAUAUCUCCAAUCUCGCAAAUUAUGGCUUCAGAAGACCAACAAUCGACCCAAACCCUUCACACAGUUUUCCACGAAGGUUUGAACCUGUACAAUUACGUAUUGACCACUCAAGAAGCCACAAACGGUCCAGAAGUGCAAAGGGCCAUCCAGAAAGCUAUAGAACUUCUGGAACAUGCCACCCGUUUAGUAUCAUUGGCUGAUAUUUUUAGUAAAAACGAGACGAUAGACGAACUAGCUACUAAUCAUAUUCAAUAUUUAUUGCUCCCAGCACUUUUAGGUGUUUUAACAGGUAAACGAACAUCUCGAGACAGGAAAGAGCUUAUCGAUGUUGCUGAGAUUUAUUUCAAAGAUUUCUUACAAAGAACAAACAAUUACCAGUUGAGUAACUAUGAAUUCAAUGAAAGCAGCGAACCUGUAGCUAGUUCCAUGGGAUCAGAGUUGAGUCAAAUAAGUAACAGCAUUAGUGUAAGAGCAGGUAAAAUACAAAAACUAAGAGAGCACGAAAAGUUAAAAGAAGAUUUAAAAAACCUCAAAAAAAAUGUUGAAAAUGAGCACGCAGAUGAAGAUAUUAAAAGAAAUUAUUUUUUAACAAUGGUUAAAGUUUUUAUACAUGACACCAUAAUGGAACUGGAAAGCAUCAAAAUGGAAAGACCCAUUUUGGAACAUGCAGCUACAGUACAACCCAACAAAAACAAGACAAAAUUCAAAAGAGAACCUCUAAAACCCAUUAUAAUUACAAAAGAUGCAGUUCAAAAAGCCAUUUAUGGUGCCGGAUAUCCCAGCUUACCUAUUCUGACUAUUGAAGAGUUUUAUGAAAAACGAGUUGCUGACGGUAUUUUUCCUGGCCCCAAUACUCAGAAACCAGUAAGUUUACAAGAAACCAAUCCAGAAGGUGUUUUGAAAAACGACCCAGAAGAACAAGAAGCGGAAGAUCUUGAGAAUAAAGUGGAAGAGGAUGAUGAAGAAAAUCUGGCAAGAAUGAGGGCCAAAGAUGAGUUUAAGGAUGAGCAUAGAAGAGGAUGGGGCAAUAGAAUGAACAGAAGUUAAUUUUGUUUUUUGUGAAUUAAUUUAAAAUAAAUUCCAAUAAUGCAGGAUAUUAAUUUAUGAGUAUUUUAAUAUAGAAUUAAAUGAAUAUUGUUUGCACUA